AUGGUGACAACCCCAGACCUCUGGGAAAGCCAGCCCCCAGAGAAGGGAGAGAGCCUGAUUCUGAGUGGCCAAGCCUCCACGGAAGCUGGGUGCACGGAGGAGGGCCCAGACCCCAGGAUCUUCAGAGCAGAGCUGGGAGACUCACGGCAGAGGCCUGACACCCAACAGCCACCCAGGCGCUGGUGUUCCAGGAGGUGUGGCUGGGAGGCGCUGGGAGCACUGGGGGUGCAGGCUGGUGUGAGUGUUGGCUCAUGGCUUCUAGGGCUGUAUCUGUGGCCAGCUGCCUCUCAACCCAUUCCUGGGACCUUGCAGGAUGAGGAGAUGACUUUGAGCUGCUCAGAGGCCCACAGGGAGGAAGCCCUGCUCCCCUCACUUCCCAGAACAGUAUCUUUCAGAAUAAACACUGAGGACUUCUUGCUGGAAGUGCAAGUGAAGGCCCGGCCAGGCUGGCUCCUGGUCUGCUGUGAGGGCCGGAGCUCUGCGGGGGUGCGGGUCUGCCGGAGACUUUGGCAUCUCAGACUCACUCACCACAAAGGAGUGAACCUGUCCGACGUCAAGCACAACAGCUCCCAGGAGUUUGCUCAGCUUUCUCCUAGACUGGGAGGCCUCCUGGGGGAGUGGUGGCAGCCCAGAGACAGCUGCACUUCUGGCCAAAUCGUUUCCCUCAAGUGCUCUGGUGAGUCACAUCUUGGAUUUAGGAAGGUAGUGGUGGGAGGAAGGAGUCUCUCCCACCCCACCCCACCCUACACAGUGGGCGCUGUGUGCCUGCCUGCGGAGGAGCAGGAUUUUCCGAGGGGCUCGCAGUGCUGGGUGUCUGGCUGGGGCCACACCGACCCCAGCCACACCCACAGCUUGGACACACUGCAGGACACGGCCCUGGUCUGAGCAGCCUCUCUAGGAGGGCUGAGACAAGACAGGAUCCGUGCUGGAAGCAGGAGGGGCCAGAAUGGGGGGGUCUGCUUUCUGGGAAGGUCUGGUGCCCCUCCUCCUGAAAGGACUAACUGCCCAUUUCUCUGGUCUUUGUGCCUGGACCCUCAGGGGAACAGUGGGGGCCCCCUGGUUUGCCCAGAUGGGGGCGCAUGGCGCUUUGUGGGGGUGGUCAGCUGGGGCCGAGGCUGCGCAGAGCCCAAGCACCCCAGUGUCUACGCCAAAGUUGCUGAGUUUUUGGACUGGAUCCAUGACACGGCAUGGGAUUGUGAAUAUAAGAUGAAAGCCAAUGGGAAGAAGGACUUUGUCACUGCCAAGGAUGCCUCUGGUGGUAGAACAAUCAGCGUUAAUCUGCCCACUCUGCUGCCCAUGGACUCUGGGGAACAAGAGCCAGCUACCAGGGAGGUCUCUCCAGACAUGGCCACCUUCAAGGUCAACCACAAUAUGGUUUUAGUUCAUUGCCUUAGUAGAUUUUUGGAUGGAGGACAAGAUUAUAUGGUGGCUGCACCCCAAGCUAGUCCUGGAUACAACCUUUAUGACCAUAAAUCAUCUAUCACCCAGUCCUUCAAUUCUCCUACACACCAGCCUGACUUCAUCACCUGCAUCUCAUUCAAGGUGGCCAUCAUGGAGGAUACGGCAUCUUAA